AUGAAGGUCCUUGCUGCCCUCGCGCUGAGCGCCCUGGCCAUGGCCAAACCAACUCCUCCCAUGCCGGGCAUGUCUUUGGUCCAGACUGGUCCUCAGGAGACUCGCUGGGUCACCGCCAAAGAGAAGCAUGACAUGGUCAUGAACCACAUUGGUUUCUUCGACAUCACCAACCGACCAGAGUCCGCCAGCAUUGCCUCCAAGCCCAAGAGCUAUGCUUUUCCCGGCAAUGUCAGCCACCAGGCUGAGGUCAAGCCUCUGCUCGAGAAGAUCUCUGCCGACCACAUCAAGUCCAACCUUGAGAUGUUCUCCAGCUACCCCAACCGCUACUACGACGCCCAGUCCGGCGUUGAGUCCGCCCAAUGGGUCAUGGAACAGGCCCAGGCGGUCGUUGGCAACAUCCAGGGCGCCAAGGUCGAGAUGGUCAAGCACGACUGGAUGCAGCCCAGCAUCCGCGCCAUCAUCCCCGGCAAGUCCGAGAAGAUCGUCGCUGUCGGUGCUCACCAGGACAGCAUCAACGGCAAAAACCCCCAGGGUGAGGCCCCAGGUGCCGACGACAAUGGCUCCGGCUCCAUGACCAUCCUCGAGGCUCUGACUGCCCUUGUCUCCGACCAGAAGAUUGCUGGCGGCGAGGCUGCUAACACCCUUGAGUUCCACUGGUACGCCGGUGAGGAGGAGGGUCUGCUCGGCUCCCAGGACAUCUUCCAGCAGUACAGCCAGGAGGGCAAGGAGGUCGUCGCCAUGCUUAACCAGGACAUGACUGGCUACGGCGAGACCAUGGGUGUCAUCACCGACAACUCCGACCCCAACCUCACCAAGUUCACCAAGAUGAUCCUCGACACUUACACCUCCGCCAAGUACUCUGACUCCGAGUGCGGCUACGCCUGCUCUGACCACGCCUCUGCCAACAAGGCUGGAUUCCCAUCUGCCUUCGUCUACGAGGCUGUUGUCGGCCAGGACAACCCAGCCAUCCACUCGCCCGACGACACCAUCGAGAAGCUCGACCCCGCCAAGAUGGCCGAGCACGCUAAGCUCGUCGUCGGCUUCGCCUACGAGCUUGCCUUUGCUACUCUCAGGGGGAUUAGAGCCGUCCGCUUUGAUAGCGGCCUUGCUUGUCCAUCUAGAUCGAUCAUGAACGACCUCCGCAGUUACGAUCUAUAUACCUCGCUCGUAUCCCACAGCGACUCCAUCACUUCUGCAUCCAACACCCUCACUGAGGGAACAGCUAUAGCCCUCUCCACGGCUCUGUUACACCCGCUAGACUCGAUACUUACCCGUCUACAAGUCCGAUAUGCCUCCCAGCACCACAAUAAGAAGAAGGACAACCGAACCCGUACCAGGAAGCCACUAGAUGUACUGGGCGAUAUAGUUGACCUAGCAGCCGAGAAUGUCAAGGAUGCAGAGGGUAGAGCGGUGCUGUACGCCGGCCUGCGUGAAGCAAUAUGCAAGCAGACGGCGGAGAACAUGCUUGUCCCAGCUGUUUAUGCGGCAUUGCAUGCUCGACGGCUCAACCUAGGACGGACAGCAGGGAACGAACUGCUCCUCUCCCUCGUCUCAAUGGCGUUCGUCAAGCUGUUUACCGAACCUCUCGGGACGAUCAUGGUGCGCAGACAAGUUACGGGGUCUGGCACUCGGUGUGUCGUGGAUGAUAUACUGCGCCAGAAAGGCGUGGGAGGGCUAUGGUCUGCGUACGGGGCUACAUUGGUGCUGUGCGUGAGAUCGUGUGUCUUGCCAGUGGUGUAUCUGGCGCUACGCAGAAGGUUGGGCAUGAAGAGAGGAGGACUACUGGGCAUGCUUGUUCUAAGGGCCAUUGCUGAAAGCGUUGUGUAUCGACUUGCUGUUAUGCAGGUCUGUGCGAGGGCGGGUGUGAAGGCAGUUGGCAACGGAAGUAAGCUUGGUUCUACCUACACGAAUGAUUAUACUAUCUGUGUGCUAAUGGUUUGUCUAGGCCUGCUGCUGGAAGUGAUACGCACCCUGUCCAGCCAGGGAGUGACGACUGUGACGUCUGACGUUGUUACUGUGGCGAUGAUGCGCUUGUCUGCUGUUAUGCUGUACAUGCUUGAGCCGUUCCUGCUGUCUGAACAAGCCAUUACAGACUCGGUUCGAGAGAAUGUGGAUGCAGGAGCGAGUCAGCCGCUGCUUGACGAUGCAAAGUAUAUGAAUAACGCCGUUAAGCGGGCUAUCAGCAUCGUGAACCGCGGAAUCGGCCUGGCGAGUCACGGCAGGGAUGAUGUUGCUGUUGCUGAGCUCGUGGGUGACUACGUCGAGGACGGCCCGGAGGAUGGAUAG